GACGAGCAAGAGUCAGGUAUCAGUCGAAAAUUGAACAUUUAAGAGAGCGAAUAGUUCUGUGAAUUGCGAUAAAGUGAGACUUGUGUUAUUUAGUUUCUUUGUAAAUUUCAAGUGAAAGAAGCCGUGAAGAUGUCAAUCAUUUCAAAUCUUAUCGAUUUGGCUGCAGAACUUGCCAAUCCAACUUAUUGGGACAACGACGACGACGAUUUCAUAUUGGGAACUCGCCCCCGGAAUAUUUGUCGUCUCGAACGACUUCCGUUACAGCGGCUCGGAUUGUCACAAUACCGGAAACGUCCAUAUUCGUUGCGAAAGUCCAAUAAAGUCCACGACACUUUCAAGGAUGGAUUCCAAGUAUCAGUGGACGUUCAGCAAUUCAAGCCAAGUGAGAUCACAGUGAAGACUGUAGACAAUAUGGUAGUAAUUGAAGGCAAGCACGAGGAGCGGGAGGACGAUCACGGAAUCAUCUCGAGGCAUUUCGUAAGACGGUGUCCGUUGCCAGAAGGAUACGACCCAAAUGAUGUUACGUCGUCUCUGUCGUCAGAUGGAAUUCUGACCGUAAAAGCACCGAAGCCACCCAAAAAGGAUGCACAGGCCAAAGAGCGCAUUAUCCAGAUAGAACACACAGGACCCUCCGAUAAAUCCGAGGAAGACGGCGUUGCUGACAAAAGUAAGAAAAAGCGAAAACAGGCAAAUGGAGUGGCAGAGAUAAAUUAGUGAACUCAUGAGUUUAAGUUUAGAUUGGUUACGCGUAUAAGUCUGAUAAAUUAUUUUUAUAUAACAUAAGAUUGAUUAGCUCCUAAGAAUAAACUUCGACUGUAAAACAAA